AGACGAGCUUUUUUUUUUUUCAGCACCACCGGUAACCAAAGAUAAAACUGUUACCAACUAUUGCCUAGCCGUACGGAAUAAUAAUAGUAUUCAAAGUCAUGAGCUCAGAAAUACCAUGUCUUUUCAUUGCUGUUCACGCAGGUGAAUAUUAAAUAACUCUAUUUAUUUGGCAUAAAAUAAAUAAUGGCUGCGGCUAUUCGGACCCGGUAUCAGCAUCAGAAGUCAGAAGUGAGAGGUUGGGUUUAUUAAUACGAAAGGCUGCGGCUAUUCGGACCCGGUAUCAGAAGUGAGAGGUCUGUCUAUUUAAUUUAGUUUAUUAAAAAAUAUUUAACAUAUUAUUGUAGGUUUGUACGACAAAAUUUGGUAUCAAAUGAAAGAUAAUUGAAUGGACUAUUUGUUUAUAAACUUAAUUCUUCAGUUUAACUAAAAUAAACUACCACAAAUGACAUCCGAAUAGCAUUUAGUCUAAACUCUAAAGGGACCCGGUUCCGAAUAGCGGCGAUGCGUGUUGGGGUUCAUAUUCGGAUGUCUACCCGGAUUUGAUUUGUGGUAGUUUAUUUUAAUAAAACUGAAGAAUUACAUUUACAAACAUUCAUAUAGGCCAUUCAAUCAGUGGCGUAGCUAGGGUUGGUGUCACCCGGUGCGGUAAGCUCAUGGUGUCACCCCCCCCCCCAAAAAAAAAACAAAAACAAACAAGAUAACCAAACAAACAAACAACAACAAUAAUAACUUCUAUGAUGGAUUUCUUCUUGUUAAAACAAGUCCACAGAAUAACAAUGACAAGAACAAAAACACAUAUUUACCCGGAUUUGAUUUGUGGUAGUUUAUUUUAAUAAAACUGAAGAAUUACAUUUACAAACAUUCAUAUAGGCCACUCAAUCAGUGGCGUAGCUAGGGUUGGUGUCACCCGGUGCGGUAAGCUCAUGGUGUCACCCCCCCCCCCAAAAAAAAAACAAAAACAAACAAAAUAACCAAACAAACAAACAACAACAAUAAUAACUUCUAUGAUGGAUUUCUUCUUGUUAAAACAAGUCCACAGAAUAACAAUGACAAGAACAAAAACACAUAGGUCAUGAGGUCAAUGUAUUUAAAAACUUUAAAGUGUAGUUAUGUUUACAUUAAAUUUACUGUUUUAAAAUUUUCCUUAUCUUUGCUUCAUAGCAGCAAACCUGUCAAUCACUUUAUCAAAAUCAACAUCCUUCACUGUAUAAUUUUUAAUUGAUAGCAGAGCCAAAUUAGAAAGCCUAGACUGUCCCAUGGUGGAUCAUAAAUAUUUCUUGAAAAGCCUUAGUUUUGAAAAGCUCCGCUCACAUCAAGCCACAUACACACAUAUUGUAAUAAAAAAAUUAAAGGCUUAGCGAGAAUAUUGGAAAAAACUCUAGGAAGUCCCAUUCGGCUAUAAAUUUCAAAACAUCAAACACUUUGAGACUUCAGCUGCUUUUAGAGGUCUUCUAAGCUCUGAUAUUUCUUUUAAAAGUUCAUCUUCUGAUAACUCAGCGUAGAAAAAAGUUAAUUUUCGAACGGACACCAAAUCUCUUUUUUAGUUGCUGAUACUACACUCUUGGGUUGAACAGCCCCAAACAUACCUGCUACUUCCUUGAUCGCUGAUAAUUUGAUCUGGAGUUCAGAAUGAAAGCGAUCUCGUUACUGUUUUCUUCUCGCAGAAAGAGUCCAGCAUCUAUUAAUUGUUCUCCUGCCAUUCUCUUCUUAAACCUUACUCUUCUCUCUAUUGAAAAUCCAUACUGGUCUGAUUUUAACAGUUCCUUUUCAGUAGCAUAUUCCACCAAGUGACUGCUCUUCUCGUGCAAAAACAAUCUUAAUGCCUCUAAGCUGGUCGCCACUUUGUCAACAGUAAAGCCCAGAACUAAGGCCAUCAGCCUUUUUCCCUCUUAACGGGAAAAAUGCAAGAAACACUUCUCUCACUUCAACUUUCUCAUUGUGGAUUUUCACAUAUAUGAUCUUUUUAGACAUCUGGUCACUGUGUGAUAUAUAAGGUGUACUUUCGAGCAUUAUUCCAAAAAUACAUCGCAGCCUUUAUAUCCAUGAUAAAAAUCUACUUCACAUGAUGUGCAAGGACAUUUAUAAAUUCAUUUUGGGUUUCUGGUGAAAGGUAAGAUGCGUGUGCUAUUUCUGUAGAUGUACUCCUAUUUUUUCUCAUUUGAUGCUCUUUUAGCACUGGGUCAUAUUUAGAUAGCAUCUGAACCAUUUCAAGAAAGUUUCAGGGAAGAUUCAUCUUCGUUGUGGCGACGAAAUGCCAGAUUUUGCUUUGCAAGAAACAAUGUGAUAUCCAGCAACCUGUGCAGGACAUCCCUCCACUUUUUUUUCUCCCUGUCAAUCACAGCAAUACUUUCGGCAUCAAUUGUUUUGUGUAUCCUAAGUCCUGCUGCCAAUGCUUUCCACUUUUCAAGGCAACAUAGGUGCUCUUCCGAUGCCUCAUGAUUUUGUAAUUUUGGGCUCAGUUUUCACCACUUAUCAAAGCCUCUAACAAAUUUGGAUGUUGUUUUUGUAACAAUAACAGCAAAUAAUCUACAGCAAAAACACUACAAUUUCUGACUGACGAGUGAAUAAACCAUCAACAACUGCAGUAUUUUCUCGCCAUUUUGCAUCAUCCCGUGGAUUCAUUGUUUUGUUAGUUGGCGAACACCUCCUUUAGAUUUCGCAUUUCGCCUUGUCACUACGCUGAAUAGUCCGUGCUUGUUCUGAAACGAGGUACUCCAUCUUUUAAUAGUUUUAGAACGAAAAUAAUUUGUAACUGCUACAGACAGAAGCAUAUUCUGAUAAAAAUGUGCCAGUUUUUGUUAUUAGCCAUUGCACUUAGAGUAUCUUGGUUUGAAUCAACAUAAUCAGCAAACGUUUCUGUUUCCAAACCAUCCAUGUCUUUUACUUGUGUUUUCACGCCAAUCUUUUCCAUUUUCUCCACCAUUUGCUCAAAAGAAUGCAUGCUGCUAUUAUCGGGAGAAUCAGUAUCAAUGGUAGGCUGAGGAAAGUCUUUUGAUGAACCCUGACCCUGGUCAUCAUUGGGUUUCUUGACAUAUCGAAGCAUGUCUUCUGGUAGUGGUUUUAGUAAGUCGCCUUUUUUUUUUUUGCUUUUCACUGUUGACAGCCACAAGGCCAUUUCGAUUAGUGCAUGACGUAUGGCACGAUAUAAUAAUCUUGAACAAUAAAACUGCUUUAAUUUUGUCAUGUUCAAGACGAAAAUCAAAAUAAUUACUGAAGAUAGUUCAAAAACAAGUCGGAGCACUGUCCAAAAUACAACACAGAAAGGUAGCAGAUAAAACCCAGCAGUUAAAUAUGACAAUCGUGCUCAAAUGUUUAGGAGCGAUACUAGUGACGAAUCGGGUAAAUUUUUGAGUGUUUCGAUAAAUAAUAUUAUAUACGUCUUCAAAAAAAAUCUCCUUUAUUUAAAUAUAAAUAAAUAGGAACUAAUCAUUAAAAGAUUGAAAAUUGUGUAAAAUAAUAUAUUUUUUUAACCCUAUAAAUGGGUAAAAUUUAAUUUUUAAUGUUUUUUUUAAAAUUUUUUUUACAGAUUCUUACGCUUAGAAUCCCCCGACCAUACUGUUUUUGAUAUCAAUGGAAAGCCGUUUUUCUCAGAAUUUGAUAAACUGUCACUACGGAACUUUCCAACGUGGAAUAAUGACUGUGUUUUUCUGACCUAAACAUAGGGUCAUCUCAUUUCUGACGCAUCAACCUUGAACUUUUAAUAAAGCACGCAUUUGGAUUGGUUACAUUUAUGAAAAUGUAUGUGUGAUCGGUCAUCCUUUUAUGAAUCUGGGUUAGACCGAGCACAGUGUGCUCUGUAAAUAUGCAAUGUUUCAAUCGGGUGUCACCCCUAAAAUGGUGUCACCCGGUGCCGUCCGCACCCCCCGCACCCCUCUCGCUGCGCCACUGCAUUCAAUUAUAUCUUUCAACUUUCAUUGGAUACCAAAUUUUACCUUACAAACUAACAAUAAGGUAAACAAUGGGGACGCCUGCCACUAUUUUAUCGAAUUUCACGAAUGUAUCCCUAAAUCGAUCCCUAUACUAUGCCUAACCUGAACCCUAAAUCGAUCCCUAUGCCUAGCCUGAACCCUAAAUCGAUCCCUAUGCCUAACCUGAACCCUAAAUCGAUCCCUAUGCCUAACCUGAACCCUAAAUCAAUCCCUCAAUCUAACCUAAACCCUAAUUCACUGCAACUAUAAUAAACACACAAAAGACGCCAUGGCAGCCGUCCUCGGAUUAAGCCCAACAAAAAUAUUUUAAACAUUUUUUAAUUCCUACCUCACACUUCUGGUAGCCGGGUCCGAAUAGCCACUUCUUACAAUAAUAGUCAAUAAUAAUAGCCUAAUUCAAUUUUCCCUUUUACUUUUAAUAAGUAUUAAAAAAAUAAUUUAUUUUAAUUUCAGUGUCUUAGCAUAGUCUAAUACCUGGGUAUUGGUAAAGUUUUAACUUUUAACAGUAACGACAGAACAUCAUAGACUAAUACAGAAAUAGUAAAAGUUUUUUUAACAGUAACGACAUUAUAAGCAGCAAUUUAUAAUGGCGGACUCCAGUGGACAGGAUACAUCAAGAGGGUUUCAAGAGGAGUGAAUGUGGUACAAUGCCAGAAACCAAAGGGCAGACUUCUGGGGGGGGGGGGGGGGCGGACGGACCAACCAACAUGGAUUGAUGUUGUGUAGGAACAUCUCUCAUUUUCAUCAUUCAGUGCAUGAAUUAGAAAAGCCAUAAGCUAGUGUGCAUGGAAUGAUGUGGUAGUGCAAUGAAGAGUCCUACUUAGGAUGUGGCAUCAUUGUUAAUAAUAAGCAUUGCCAGAAGAAAAGCAGGAACCUACAGGCAAAUUGAUUUUAACAGUUUGGGGGGUAAAAUCCCAAUCCGAUUGGAACUGGGGAAAUGCUGUGGAAUAGAGGAAACCAUUAAUGUCAUUCCAACUAGCCAGAGUCUUUACCUACCUACUGAGAUGUUCAUUUCACAGCAUAACUCCAUGGAUUCCAGAAUUGCUCUUCAGAUCUUUGUUUCAAAGCAAGUUGAUAUUUGCAUAGUAAUAGACAAUCAUUUUUUCUUUUUAUGGGAUGAUGUAUAAAUAACUAAAUAUGCAUUAACCAUAACCCUGCCAUGUUUAAAUCAUUUAUAUUAACUUUGCUUUUGUUCGUGGCUGGCUGGCAAAAUCUUCGAACGCCUAAUAGACCCACUUCCCGUCAACCUAUUGAGCUUAAACUUGGCACAUAGACUAGUUGACGAUGACAAUAUAUUCUUUCAAAUUUUUAGCCCCACCCCCUAACCCCCAAAAAUGAGUUUUCCACGUUUUUCAAGGGGAAUAUGAAGGAAAUAUGACGACUUUGAUUUCAUGAAAUAAAAUUCCCGAUAACUGCUCUAAAUGAGAUUCUUUAAAAAAAAUAUAGCAAGUGUGUUUGGUGCGUAAAAGUUUCUUUUGUUUUUCUGAAAUAGUUUGUAAAAUAAAUAUUUUAUUUAUAAAGUGUAAAAGCGGGUGGGUCAUUAGAAUAUUAAUAUAGUUCGGGGGCGUGAUAUGUGCGGUUGUGAGCUGGGGGCACUAAUUGGGAUUCUUAUAAAGUGGGUUACUUGAGUGCAUGUUUUGUCAAAUCUCACGGCAUGCGGCCCCCUCCUCCCCAAUGCUCUAAUAUUACAUUUUAUAAAGGAUUUAUACGAAAAACUUUGUUUUUAGGGUUUGUUUAAUUUUUUUCUCUUAGGUGCUGGAAGUCAUGCAAAAGCAAAUGAUCAUAUCUAUAAAUCUAUUUGUAAAAAAGCUUGUCAGCAGGUAAAGAUUUAAAAAAACACCGUCAUAAAUAAAAAAUAAAAAAAGCACAGCCCAAAUGUUUCAUCAUUAGUUAAAAUAAUAUUUUAAAAAAAAAUUCAAAGCUGUGCACAAUAAAUAUGAAUAGUUUGGUUGUUAAUUUAAUCUAAUCAAGGAAACUUUUAAAAUAGACAAGUUUUUUCCAAAUAUAAGUGAAAUAUACAAAUAUAUCAAAUAUAAAUUAGAAUUAUUUUUGUCAUUGUGUUGGAAUUGUUCAGGCUAUGUCAUUGUUGCAAGCCAAAGGAUCUGCACUGGAAGGAGUAACAGCUGCAGUGUCUGUUUUAGAGGUAAAGGACAUUUAAUUGGUUAUGUUGUAUUAAGUGAUAAAGAUAUUUUUCUGGAAGUAUCAUUUCCAGUUCUAUUUCAGAGUCUUUCGACAAUGACUUUUGUUUACCAAAAAAACGUGAACUUUAUUCAAAAGUACAAAUUGCCUGUGCAGUACCUAUAGUCUCACUUAAGAACAUGUAAGCCUCUCAACUCUUCAGUUUUCAGAGGUUUUUUUUAGGGCCAGGUACCUUGAUAUUUGUCUUAUCCUUAGACAAACUCAAUUUUUUCAGAAUGAUGAAAUCACUAAUUGUGGAAAAGGAUCAAGUUUGACAGUGCAAGGAACAGUGGAAUGUGAUGCUUGUGUUAUGGACGGGAGCUCUUUGCUGUUUGGAGCAGUUGGGGCAUUAUGUGGUAAUGGGUUUUAUUUUGAAAGUUAUGUUAUAUUUAUAUUUUUAAAAAAUAACCAACUUUACAAUACGUCUGAUUAUUAGAUAUGUUUUUAUACCGUACCACUUACUGCCUAACACACUGCAAAGCUACUCACACAUGCAUCAUGAAAUAUCAUGCUCAUUCAGGGCACCUAGAAAACUAAAAGGCAGUAUAAAUCAGUUUUGUUUUUUUAGGUUAUAGACCAGAUUUUCAUUUGCCAAAACAGAAGGGAUAUUGUGAUUACAAAAUCUAAUGUACCCAGUAAAAGGUGCAUCUUAUAGUUGCAUGAGUACCAACACUUGCACUUCUUCUGUGACAUUUAACCUGUCAGCAGAAAUGUUGAAGAUUCACACCUGCAAAGUGACAUACCCUGUACAACACAUUUCAGAAUGGUACUUUAGAAAUUAAAUGAUUUCAUUCACCUAAUAAAAUAUGUAUUUUUCAAAAGUUUUAUAAUAAUUACUAAGAGUUAAAAUAUGAAUACCCUCUUAAAGUAUUUAACUCUUUCACUGCAGAAUUUUUUAUUGGAAAAAUAUACAUUUUUUUAAAAAGAGCAAAAAAAGUGAGAGGUUGGGUUUAUUAAAAAAAAUAUUUAAAAUAUUAUUGUUUGGUUUAUAAGACUAAACUUGGUAUCAAGUGAAAGAUAAUUGCAUGGACUCUAUGUUUGUAAACUUAGUUCUUCAGUUUAAAUAAAAUAAGUAACAGAAGUAAAGAACAAUAGAAUGUGGAAACAUAUGCAAAACCAUUUUUUCCCCAAACCCUAUGAUGUAUGCAUACCUCAUCUUCACUUCUAUAACUCAAAUCCUCUAAAACUAUCGCUAUCGGAAUCAUGCGAUGGAUCAAUAGAUCUAAAUAUAAAUCAUCUUCACUAUGAAAAGAAAUAGUAUUACUAAGAGUAUAAAACAAUUCCAAAGCAUUUUGAGCUGUUAAUCGUUUGGAAACUUACUCACCUACUAGGGCCUAGGGUAGCCAUAGCAACAGUAUUGAUAUAGAAAAAAAACAGCAAAGAAAAUUAUUAACAUAAUGAUUCAAAUGAAAACAAAUAAACAUUGGUUUCACUUAUAAACAAUGAUGUACCACUCUUCUAUGUAAAAGUCUUAUUGAAAAAUAGCUCUUAAAAAUUUUAACUGAGACAUAGCAAAGAAACAAACAUGAUAUUGAAACAAUGCACAGCGCGUUGGUCUGUGAUUUUUAGAACAGCGGAUGAACAUACUGUGCAUUGUGCCACAGCAAAAGAGUUAAAAUAUAUAUAUUUUUGUUUAAUCAUUCUUUAAAAUAGGUGUAGCUAACCCUGUGACCAUAGCUUGCAGGCUUGUGGAUGAACAGAAGCUAGGACCACUUCCUUAUGGACGUAUCAGACCAAGGUAGGACAUUUAGUGUGAUACUUUCUUUUGGACAUAUCAGACCAAGGUAGGACAUUUCUUUUGGACAUAUCAGACCAAGGUAGGACAUUUUGUGUGAUAUUUUCUUUUGGACAUAUCAGACCAAGGUAGGACAUUUCUUUUGGACAUAUCAGACCAAGGUAGGACAUUUAGUGUGAUACUUUCUUUCAGACAUAUCAGACCAAGGUAGGACAUUUAGUGUGAUAUUUUCUUUUGGACAUAUCAGACCAAGGUAGGACAUUUCUUUUGGACAUAUCAGACCAAGGUAGGACAUUUAGUGUGAUACUUUCUUUCAGACAUAUCAGACCAAGGUAGGACAUUUAGUGUAAUACUUUCUUUUGGAAAUAUCAGACCAAGGUAGGACAUUUAGUGUAAUACUUUCUUUUGGAAAUAUCAGACCAAGGUAGGAAAUUUAAUGUGAUGCAGCUUGUAAAAAACAUAUUACACUUUGAUUGACCAUUGCAAACUUAAUGAAGAUUUACAUUAUUAUGACUCUAACAUUAAAUAAUAACUAAUUUGAAGGGUUGUUGGUAUUUAUUUUUAUGUAUUUAGUUAUGUCUGCUACAUUAUGUUUCAUUUCUCCAAGCAUCCUUGUAGGGAGAGGUGCCCAAGACUACUGUGCAGAACAUGGUAUAGAAAUUCACAACAACCUAGUGACAGGUGGGUUUUUAUGAUGUACAACUUUAAAAUAAAGCUGCAAUGUUUUUUUUCUCAGAUGACCACUUGAUUUUUAAUUCUUUGACUACCAGGAAUUGAUUUUUGUGUGUGUAUUAAGACUGACUUAAAUUCUUGUGCAUGAAAAAAUUCUGCUGAUGUAAUAUGAUAAAUAUCUACCAAACUUAUAAUCCUAUAGUCUAGGUUUCCUUAUCAAUUGAAAAAAGGAAUGAAAGCUUAAUCCAAAUUAUAUAAAGCAUAUAACACAUAAUAUUGUGUAAUAUUUGAAUCACACUCUUUGAAAAGUAGUGGUUAACAAAAUGUUUAACUUUCCUUCAUCAUCUAAUUGAAGGCCAUCAAGGCACAAUGGUAAUGUUGCCUGAGUCUCAGCCAAGGAUCUUGUCCCCAGCUGCGGGUGAAAUUGUCAUAUGAAUUGGUUUAACGUGGCCAAAUAUUACUGUCAUACUACAAAUAUCAUGUUUUUUUUUAAUAUUAUUGAUGGAUAAUAGAGUAUUUUAAAAGCAUUAUAGAAAAGGAAAUGCUUUGUUCUGAAACAAAUUGAAAUUAAGUUGACCUAUUGUUGCACUUUCCAAUUAUUUCACAGGAGACGCUUGGAACAAAUUUCUGCAUUAUUCUAAGAAAUGUAGGAAUUCUGGAAAAUCUUUGAUUGCUUCCAGGAAAAGAAAAAAUGAUUUAUCAGAAGAAAGUUUUUCACUAGAAAGUAAAGAAUUAAAAGAGGUUUGUGGUAAGAUAUUGAAGUAUUCAAAGACAAACUUGGAAUAAAAAAUAAAAAAAGAGCUUAAGUUUUUACUUUUGAAUACCGGUAAAGAAAAUUCGGAUAUUUAGCAAUAAUUAUCAACACUUGAAGGACUAACUUUCAUUUACGAGCUAAAUUGUUUGUGUAUUAUAGUAUAAAUCCAAAAAUAUGAAGGAAAAAAAAAGUAUUUUGGUUUUAAAUUUAACCACUAUGUGAAGACUAUAAAAUUAACCACUAUGUGAAGACUAUAAAAUUAACCACUAUGUGAAGAUUAUAAAAUUAACCACUAUGUGAAGACUAUAAAAUUAACCACCAUGUGAAGACUAUACAAAUAAUUUUUGUUGAUCUAAAAUAUGAAAAAGAAUACUGAAAAAAAUUGGAGUAUUAAUAACUAACAGUUUUCUGGUGUGAAUUAUGCAUCUUUGCUGAAAGUUCUACUGAUUAAAAAAUAAAAUGUAAAACACCCUCUUAAAUAUGCUUUAAGUGUAGAUCUGGUCCAAGGGAUGACUCUGUUCAAGACACCGUUGGGGCCAUAUGUGUGGAUCAUGAUGGCAAUGUUGCUGCCGCGUCUUCCAGUGGGGGAAUCUGGCUCAAGCAUUCAGGAAGACUUGGACCUGUAAGUUAGUGUUCACAAUGGGAAAUUUGUUGUCCUGCUGUUAGUUGGGUUGCCGCAAGAAGCAGUUUUGUCUUGGUAAAUUACAGUAACCUAAAUUUGGAAAAAUAGUCUUGAACAAAUAAAACAUGGUUUUGCGAUUAAUGGGAAUGCACAAACCAAGUUACCAAGUUGAAAAAGAAAUUAUUUACAACUAGAAAACUAUAUGUUUUCACAAGAUUGCCUUAACUCUUUCUCUCCGGAUCAACACUCCCAUCGUUGAUUUUAAAUGAGGUUCCGGGCGGAUCUACGAUGGCAUCGUCGAUGUAUAAAAACCUGUUUAUUUCGGUUCUUUUCUUAGCUAUUGGUUUUUAGUUAUUUUAAAUCAAAUCUAGAAUGAUUUCCCUUAGAAAAACAUCUGGUAUUUCUUCAUUUGAUUGAGUUUUUACAUAGAACGAAGUGUUUGAAGUUGUUGUUUUGAUUGUCCAUUUUAUUUUUGUUUACAUGCUGAUGAUAACAUCAAUAUAAACAACCACAAAUUUGAGAGAGUGGACACAUUCAAAUAUCUAGGGGCAACUAUAAAUGAGCACAAUGAGAUAAUGUCAGAGGUGAAAGAAAGGAAAACAGCAGGCAACUGUUCCUAUUUCAGUCUACAAAAGCUACUGGGAAACAAAAACUUAUCAUGGGGAACAAAGAAGACAAUAUACACCACCAUCAUAAGACCUGUAGUAACGUAUGCUAGUGAGACCUGGACCCUCACCAGAAAAGCAGAGAACCUGCUAACACAUGGGAGAGGAAAAUCCUCCGCAAAAUAUACGGACCAGUGAUAGAAAAUGAUAUCUGGAGAAUACGUACAAACCAAGAACUUUACUAUUUGUACAAAGAACCACCCAUAGUCACAAUGAUAAAAAAAAGGCAGAAUACGCUGGGCUGGCCAUGUUGAAAGGAUGCCGGAAUGCAGAGCAGCUAAAAUUAUAUACAGGCAGAAGCCUAGGGGCAGACGACUCAUCGGUUGCCCAAGGAUGAGGUGGAUUGAUGAUGUGGAGACAGAUUUACACCAGUUGGGGGUUCGAGCAUGGAGACGGAAAGCCAUGGAUCGCUCCGAACCGAAUGGAAGGAUGUGGUGGAGCAGGCGAGGGCCCUACAUGGGCUUCAAAGCCAUUGAUGAUGAUGAUGAUUACAAACAUGAAAUCUUGACCUGACCCAUCUGGUGAUCGAUCUAAUAAAGGUUGAAAUAUUACUCUGAUGAUGAUUCAGACAGUGAUUUUAUGAUUUCGAAUGUAGAACUGAUUCUGAUGAAUCUUAUAAUUAUAAUAUUUCUACUAGUAUUAGUAGUACUUGUGACGAAAUAAUGAAAUUGAUAAUUCAUCAGCUGAUGAACAAACAGUCCUGCCCCCAGCUAAAGUGCCUUCUAGAAGAGCUAAUACUGUUCCUACUACAAAUAAUGUAGAUUCUAAAAGGAAAGCUGAUGAUCUUAGCACUAAAACUGAGUGCAAUUUCAGAUUUUUACCUUUGAAAAAUGUAGGUGUAAAUUUGCAGCUUGAAUUGUGACUAGGAAGUCAAAGUCAAAUGACCUUGAAUGUUGUUUUUUUUUACUUUGCUAGAAACACAUAAUAUUCAUAAGCUUGAACUCUCAAUAAAUGAGUAUGCUUCCUACGGAAUUAAAAUCAACACUCCAACAAGACUUAUCUGAACAAAACAUGUGCCUAUUAGCUCCAAAAAGGACAGUGUGCAAACAUACAACAGGACGGACUGUACUGGUAUACGUUUGUGCUGGAUGUGAGUCAAGUCUGCAUAUCCGUUUUCAACCUAAACCCAGAUGAAAAGAUAUGACAAAUUUAUGGUAAAUUUUCCAUUUACCAUAAUAAAUGUUAGUACAUACAAGGAUACAGUGCCAAUAUUAUCUAAUAGCAACAGAUUGUUUCCAGUGGAAAUAGUUUUUUUCGGAAAUAUUUUGUGUAGCGGUGACAAUGGAUGUCUUCUGGUGUUUGUCUUUAUUAUUUGUGACGCACAAAUGGAUAUAGUUCAGUAAAAAAAACAUUUUUGUUACACUUUGGAUUAUAAAUUUCUCUUUUUGUGACUUGGAAUGAGCGUUUUGUGAACAGUUUGUGAGUUUUUUAUUUAAAAUAUUUAUUUUCCUUAAAUGAUAAUAAUAAAAUAAUAACAUUUAUAUAUUAAAAUUUAAACCAAAGUCUGUAUUGUUUGCAAAGAGCAUACAUUCCCCUUUAAUUCCAUACCAAACUUAACAUUUUCUGAUGAAAAACAAAAAAAGUUAUGAUGCGUUAGAGAUGGCAUAGUAGGUAGUUCAUAACAAAUAUGCAAAAUAGAUAAUUCGUUAGAACGCGAAAAUUAAUUCCGGAGAGAAAGAGUUAACUUCAGAGUUAAAGAAUUUAAAAAUUAAAUAUAUUUUUAUUAAAAAAAUUAAUAAAUUACAUAAAUAUUACUGUAUUGUUUUUAAUAUUUAUUUUAGUGUGCAAUUUAUGGAGCAGGAUGUUGGGCCCAAAAUCAGAUUUCUGAAACAAAACCAGGUGUUGCAGCAGUUACCUCAGGCAAGUGCCACUGGCUAUAUACUUAUUAUAUAAUAGAGAAUUAGAUUUAAAUAAAAAUUUAAUUCUAACCCUACAACUGUCAAUUGGAUUUUUCUCUAGUGUCAAGCCAUUUUUUAGCAUUUUCAUAUGCUUGUCAAAUUUGACAAAAUCCCAGACUAGAUGUAUUCAGAGACCCUACAAGUAGACAUUUUCUGAAAGUACAUUGGACAAGGUAUCUUAUGGAAUGAAAAGAAUUUAUUUAUAUUAUGUAUGUUGAUUUUUGACCUUGACCUUUACAGAGUAAGUAAAAUUUUACUUCUCAACUUCUGAAUUCAACCCAACUUAAUACUCCAUUUAUUGUUCAUCAAGUUUUUCAGAUGCUAGAAGCAAAUAUUCUUUCAGAAAAUUCGAAGUUAUAAGUACUUGUAUUGAAAAUUGUGAUAUUGGUGAAUUGUUUAAAUUAACUACCUUCAAAUUUCUGUCAUACAAAAUACAAGGGAAAGCACGAAAUGAGUUCAAACAUUCCUUUUCAAAUGACAAUUGAAGUUAUUAAAUUCAUUUAAAAAAAACAACAAAAAAACAAACUUAUACUCAAGUACAUACUGAAUGUACUUUGAAUAAAUGUCUUUGAAUCAUUUGAGGGUAGGUCUUUGGGAUCCGAUUUCUGUCUUUUUGAUUUCCAGUCUUUCCCAAACGAAUUUGUCUGUAACACUAUGACUAAGCUUAAUGCUAAAGUUGUCAAUAUCUGAUUUUAAUGUCACCAUCACCACUAGAGCUAAUACUGUCAUAACCAGCACAUGUUAUAUCUAUGAAAAUCAUUGUGUCCAUUUUAAUCCAUUUGAAAUAAUUCCAAUUUCAUAGGGAAAAUCUGUUUUGAUUUUAAAAUCUAGAGGGGGGACCCUCUCCAUUGUCAGACAUUAUGGUGAUUUAAAAAAAAAUAACUACUUUAACACCUGAUUUAUGACAAAAAAAGCCCUGAUAAAAUCACGUUAACACCGCAAUGUAAAUGCGAAUCAAACACAUUUAAAUGGAGUAAUUUCCCCUUAACCAAUGUACAUAAAAUCAUUCGCAUUUUAAAUGACCAUUUUGCUAGCGGCUUGCCGUGACACAACAGAAAGGGGCCGUUUUGACAGUUAUAGGGUUAAAAAAAUGUAUUAUAUUGAAAUUUUUCCUACUGAAUCUUUAAUUAUGUCAUCAUUAAAAUGGUUUAUGUAAAUUUGUUUUCAGGAUGUGGGGAGCAUCUGAUGAUGACACUUUUGGCCAAAAAUAGCAGCGAUUCUAUUCGAUCAUCUGACAACAUUGGUCAGUCCCUAGUUGCUGCAUUCAAAGACCAUUUUCUUGGUAUGCAGAAAAAGUAAUGUAAAAUGAGUGCAAUGAACUUAAAGGGCUUCAAUUCAAGCAAUUUUAUUUCCUUCAAACUGCCUUACACAGCAUCGAGACUUAUCUGGUGCUAAAUUAAAAUAUUAGUGGUAGAGCAAACACAUUGAAUUAUCAUUUUCUCCUUUGGGGAGCUUCUCCCAUUCGCAACCAACACAAUUUCAUCAAUCAUGUCAGUGAUCAAUUUGGUGGGGGACAGGUCUUUACUAUUUGUUUGCAAGAUAUUAUUACUUGACUAUUGAAAGAUAUUAUUACUUGACAAUUAGUUGCAAGAUAUGUUUGACUAUUUGUUGCAAGAUAGGUUUACUUGACUAUUUGUUUUUCUCUGUGCUAAUUUGUAAAUUAACCUUUCUGAUAAAGAGUCUGAGUUCCUGAAGCUAUAUCAAGAGAAAUUUGGUGCUGUGCUGAUCCUGAGAACAUUGCUAAGUGAUUCCACUAGAGAAAGUAAGAUGUUUGACACUUGUUAAUGUACAGUCACUCACAUGUGUUUACAUUAGAGCAAAUAAUAUUAUUUAUGCUUUCUGUUGUGCUAUGACCACAGCAAAUAAUAUUUCUUAUGCUUUCUGUUGUGCUAUGACCACAGCAAAUAAUACCGGGUAUUUCUUAUGCUUUCUGUUUUGCUAUGACCAAAUUUACAUUUAUUGUUACUUUUAAUGUUUCUAUUGUAUUAAGAUAAUUUUGGGUACUGAAUAAUGAUGGGUAAACAAUUUUACAGCUUUUAACUGCAAAUUUCCCAUGUAAUUGUAACAUGGUUUAUUCAAUAACAUAUUUAGAGUGCUAUGUUCAUUUAUCUUCAUUGAUGUCCACAGUCGAGCUCUCAUGGAUUCACUCAACGGAAAGUAUGUGUCUGGGUUACAUGGCUGGAAAAGACAAAGCCCCAACUGUAAGUCAAACUUAGUAAUGGUCAUUAAGUUAUGGUCUUAUUUUUCAUUGAACCGUAAUAUUUAUUUUUUUUAGAUUUCUACCAAUUUUUCUAGCUAGGCCAAAUUUCAGAAAGUGGUGAAUAAUAAAGAUUGUCAUUGGAUUGGAAUCAUGACUGUGGCAAAUUUUUUCAUUUUGUGUAUAAUCAGAGGAAAAGUUAGCAGUGGUGAAAACAAAAAAUUAUGCAAAUAAGAUUUAUAUGCAUUUGUAGAGACUUUGAACAGGCUUUGCAACAAAUAAAAUCGUAAUGAUAAUGUAUAAACAUAUUGUUUAUUUUGAUAGGUCACAAUGUCUCGGUUGGAGGAUUGGUCUAAGCCUGGUCAAUCCUUCUCAGUAGGAGGUCAUGUAAUAGUAGGACAAACAUGAUACUGGCAAUAUUAUUAGUAUUAAAGAAGUGUUCUUCAUUAUGCUCAAAAGGUGUUCAUGUUUGGUGUUUAUUUUUAACAGAUUAUUUCAUUGAGAUAUCUUAUAAGGUGAAAUCACAAUACCUAGUGGCAUUGUAUCAUAGUUGUGGUAUUUAUCUUUUCAUUUAACAAUAAAACUUAUUUAGGUCUCAGGCGGGGCAUUUUCUUUCCAAUCUGUCAUAAAAAGAACAUAUAGGUGUCCAACGCAUCAAAAAUUGAUUACAAUCAUUACCAAUUUGUGCAUAUGUUUUUUUAAAAAUUUCUUGUUUAAAAAAUACUAAAGAUACCCUUUUAUUCUGUACACUGUAAGAAAAAGAUUGAAAAGAAAACAUGUUACAAAAUGUUUUGUUUCAUUUAAUCUUAGCUGUACACAUACUAAUAUGAUCUAACUCAAGAAUUACAAAUGACACAUCUAAAUGUGUGCUCUACCGACUGAUGUCCUUACAACCAACCUCUUUACUGGCUGUGAUUGCACGCUUAAAUUUAAAAAAAGUAAUGGGAAUCCCUUCAAUUAACAAAACAAGAUUUAAAUCAAAACUGUUUACUUCCAUUAACAGACAAUUGAAAAUAUGUUUUUGAAUCAACUACAAAAAUGUUACAGAAUUUGAAACUUUAGUAAGUAGCAUAAUGGAGAAGAGACCUGAACACAUUCUAAUGAAGAUGAGCUAGAACACAUUCUAUGUAAUAUUUUUGACCCAAAAGUUUUUACCAUUUCAUGGUUUAUUAACAAGUGCAUCAUUUUAAGCAGCACAAUUCACUGUCAAAACAGAUAUUAAAAAAAUAUUAGAUUGUCUUGAAGAUUCUUCAUUCUAAAAGACAAUGAGACUUAGCAGAUAGGGAAUGGCAUCUGAGAACAAGCAAAUGACAAAUGGAAUGAUGCAGUCAAGAGAGCCAACAUUUAAGGCUUUUCUGGCACAAAUUCUCGGGUUUUUAUUUAUUGGACAAACCACAACAUGUCUGAUUUGUUUCCAGGCUUUUCCAUACGUCCUCCACAUGUGGUGGGUCAAGUAUAUACAACUUAACAACGUCCUCCACAUGGGAUGGGUGAAGUAUAUACAACUCAACAAUGUCAUACUUUUACAUAAACAGUGUACAAGAAUUCAGACAUCUAAGAUCAGUACUAAUUCUUGGGGUGGAGGAAAAUGGAUUGUGAGAGUUUUUCUGUAUUUAUUGCUGUCUCUAAUUAACAGUUUUUUAAAAGGAAAAACUCUUUUUCACUUCGUAAGUAAAGCCAAUAAGUUGGUUCAUUAAAUUCAUAAGAUUAUAUACCAUUAAAUAACAUGGCUUCAGAGCUGUGGGUAUGAUUUGUGUGUGUGUAUUGAAGAUAAAAAUUGAUAUUUCAUACAAGACGGCCUGGCAAAUCUUCCUGGUGUUAAAUAGUAGUUCCUAGUAGUUUGUCCAACUGUUGACACAAUAAGAAUUUGGGUGUAAAAGAAAUUCUUACUGCAAAGGAAAAUAUCUAAUUUUCACUCGCUAAUUCCCCCAUUUUGAUGAUAAUUUUAAAAAUCAAGUAUCUUAGCUCGAGCAUUUAAAGUCUGCCAUUGUAAGACUGCAGGCAAAAGUAGAAAAUAAAAGGUAUUUGGUAGCAUUACCAAGGCAUGAUUAACAUACAAAAUUGGUUACAAAAACUUUACAAGAAUCAUAAGCACAGCUGUAUGUGACAAAGUGUGUUUUAAACAGGUAAAGAUAUAUAUAUUAUAUACAAAUUAUGUACAUAUAAUUCAUCAAAUGCAAUCAAAAAGCCGGCCAAAGUGGCUCAACAGACUGAGGGAUUGAGUUAUGUUCAAGAGAGAAAAAAAAGGGCAGUAGGAGAGGUCACCGGUCAUUGAAUUUUCUCCCUAACCUGAUAUGCAAAUGAAGGGUAAAGUUCAGCCUUUAUUAUUGAUGAUUUGAUUUACCCCCGAAUGGGUUAAAUUAUGCUUUGAUUCUAAUUUAUUAACAAACUAACACCCUGAAAAUAAAAAUACCCUGUACUUCUGCUACUUCUGCUUGCCCAAAAUCUUGAUUCAAAUAAAUGUGAGAAAAGACCAACUGAAGUAAUUGUUCAAAUGACGAAGUAAAUUUAGCAUAGAGAAAAUAUCCAUGCUUCGUUCCAUUAAAAAUUUGAAUGUGACUAUCUCCAACAAUAGAUGCCUUGAAAUAGACUUUUCUCUGAAAUUUUCCCCCUUUAAAAACAAACUCUCCCUAAAAAACAGAAAAUGUUACUAUGACUACACCCUCCAGUCUUAUAUGAUCAGAAAAUUCCUACAGCAUAGGAUGGUGAACUUCUUUUGAUAAAACACCGCCAAAACCCUUAAUAAAAACACAAGGGUCAACAAUUGUAACAAAGCGGGCUGCAUUUUUCCAGACAAAAAAAAAAGAUCACAUUUACUAAAUCACACAUUUCAUCCGGUUCAUCAAGCAAAAUAAUUAGUAACCAGUCAGUCUGUACUUGUAACAAAACCAGCUCACACAAAAAAAUAAUUUUCAGCCACAUCCUUUCAGAAUCAGUUCUUA